AUGGGUAAAAACGACUAUGAUGCAGACAUAAGGAAAUUUCUAGGUGCAUGGGAUGAUUAUCUAAAGCACAGGCAGAUAAAGAACGGACACGAAUAUUGGAAAAAAUUAAUGCACGAGGUCAACAUUAUCUUCAAGGAAGUAACCACUACACUCACCCAACGUAGCGGCCAGAACGCCGGUAUUUGUGGAAGUCUAUAUACCGGAGCGGAAACAAAUGUGGCUACAUGCAAAAGCAGGUGUAUGGAAAUUGCGAGCCUUAUGCUGUACAUAAAGGGAUAUAAACAUCAUAAGGGUAAUUGGAACAAAAGAACACCGAGCACACACUCAGCGCAGAUGUUUACGGAAUAUUUACGGUGUACACUGGCGACUGAGGUUUUACUACAGGUGUAUGGGCAAACUAGUGACCACAGGGAAGUAAUACAGAAAGUUAAGGCAGAACUGGAGAAAACGGAUGCACCAGGGCACACGCACUAUGUGCCAGGGGUGUGUGAGGGCCGGGACUAUGGCGAGGCCAUAUUCGGAUUACGUGGUAUUGGACCAAGCAUAAAGCAUCGGCUGGACACAUGGAAGGCAGGUUUGCCAACAGGCAACAUCGGCACUACACACGGCACACGGCAACAGUGUGCUUGGGCAGAACAGGACGGGCAGGACAAAGACCAAAACAGUGAAGAAACGUGUAAUGUGCAUGACGUGGUGACAACCAAGGACUCUGAGCUCAUGAGAAGCAUAAAAUACUGGACGGAAGAUCUUCUCUAUCCUCGGGUGAAAAAGUUGUUAGAGGAAAUGAAGGACGGACGCAUGCCCGGCGGGAAAUGUGCAAUAGAGAAGAAGAUAAAGGAGGGAGUACAGAAAGUGAAGGACAGAGUGAAUCCACGUAAGCCUGCCACUGCUGCAAAGCCAGACGCCGCCAAACCCGCCCCUGCCAAACCACCAUCUUCACCCGGAAAUGGAGCCGGCAGCAGACCUGCCAAACCAGUAGCGGGGAACCCGGUGCCGAAGAAGCCGCGCGAGCUAAAGGAUUGUCAAGGAGACAGAUUAUUGGAGUGGAGGGAAAAGGAAAUAUACGUGCUGCAGGGUUAUAGUGCUGAAGACUGGAACAAGGUACAGAAGGUGUUGAAGGAAUUUAUUCAACAUUUGCAGGGCACAAAUGAGCUCUUUGACGCGUACGGUGCCAACUGUGAUAAUAUAGGUUGGGAAGAUAUGAGGCCUGGUCAAUACCACAAAGGCCAGAGAGUGGCAGAUAUGAUGAGGUGCAGGAUAAUGUCGGGAGCCUUGUGGUUUGCAAAUGGCGCUAACGCACAAGGGACCACGGUGCAUAUGGAUGACACGGACACGUGGCUACGGUGCGAGGUAGCACAUGUAUUUGGGCACUUACUGAAAAAAAUGUAUUGUACGGAUCAGCAAGGAUGGAGUAGAGGUGUAGAGUAUGCAUAUACAGCACUGCAAAAUAUGGGGCAACAAACAAAUGGGGUAGACGGAAUUAAAGGACCCGUUGUGGAGGGAAAGUGCACCAUGUGUGGGUAUACGGGCUAUAAGCACAAUGCGCAAGCAGUAAAUUUGGAAAUAGCACAAUGGUUGAUGGCAGCAGGAAACAUAUUGUCAGAAAUACAGCAACUAGAGGCGGAAAUGCCCUGUAAGGAGUAUUGGGAAAAGUAUAUUAAUAAGGAGCAUGUAGAAAAAGGGAACCCUAUGGACAAACUUUUGAACGAAAAAGGGAAGGAAAAAAUGAAGGAUAUACAGAACGAAAUAGUACAGAAAGCAACGAACGUGUUUGAUAAGGCGAAGGACGCAGUAGAAAAGAAAAUAACACAACUGGCAGCGACGAAGACACCAGAAGUUCCAGCAGCUAAGGUACCAAAGACACCAAAGGCGGUUGUUCCUGAGAAGAAACCAUCGGGGGAAGGCAGUGAGUCAGAUGACAGAGCACGGGCUGAAACAGGAGCAGGCGGGGACGGACAAGGACCAGGUCAGGGACCUGGACCUGGACAACAACCUCCAGCUCCUGCACCACCCAGCGGACCAUCCACACCAACACCAGGUCCGCAGGGAGGAGCACAGGGACCUCCUGGACCAGCAGGAUCCGGGCAGGGAGAAGCAGGUACAGGAAGUACAGGUAAUAUCGGAUGUCACGACAGCGACGUCACAUCCUCCAGUGUAUCUGUUACCUGUGGUACAUAUACUGCUCCGGGCUUGGAAGCCCCUAAUAUUCCUGCAGGUAUUACUGUUAUAGUUCCGGAUGCUACCAGCGGCGCCGGCGAUGCCCCCGUCGUUGACGGCGGAAACGAUGACCCCCCUCCUCUCAAUCCACCCAAACCAAAACCGAACCCGAACCCAAAUCAAUCGGGUAGUAGUGGCAGUUUCAGUGAUGCCGAUUUGGCGGAUGGAGUUUCUAGUGGGGAAGGACAAGGCGGAGGUGAGGGUGGUGAACAGGCUGCUGGCAGCGCCGGUAGCGGCAGUCCCGGAGGAGGAGGUAGUAGUGGUGGUGGUGGACGCGGUGGAGCAGGUGGUAGCGGCACUGCAGUUGGCACCCCUUCCGUUCCGCGCGGCCUCACAUGGGAAGAUGUCAUCCCCUAUACCCCCGCGCUCAUUCCCGCGGUUGUUGGUAUUGGGGUCAUUGCGUUCUUCCUAUGCAAAUACUUGGCGUACCUCGUACAAAAACGACGACGAACAUAUCGAACCGUUCGUGACGUGCCGUCACCGCCACUCGACGAAGAAAUAUUGGAGCAUCUACAACGCGGCGAGCCGCCACCCGAUUACGGCUACACGAUGGUUAUGGAUAGGCAGCCCGGCAGAUUGCCCGCGGGACGACGACGUCAUCCACGCGUGCAUAAGCGCACGAUCAUCGAGCUACACUUAGAAGUGCUCAACGAAUGUGAAGCAGCCGAAUGGGAAAACGUCAAAGACGACUAUUUGCAGAUGGUCGUGGAGGAGUUUGCGCAGCAUUUGAUGCGGGACGAUGACAGGAAUAACAACAUCUUGGAUGCUCCUACCACAAACCAGGAUUUAUCAGGACACAAUGUUUCAGCCACCGUGGACCCAUCCACUGACAUCGAACAAACGGAUGCAUGUCCACCGAAUGACCCCGAUCCAUGGCGUUGUAUGGAACCCAUACAGUUAGAAACGGACCCUUGUCCACCUAAUGACUGCGAUUCAUGCGUUUGUACGGCACCUAUACCGUUAGCAACGGACACUUGUCCACCUAACGAAGAUGACCUCGAUCCAUGGAGUUGUAUGGAAACUACACCGUUAGCAACGGAACAUUGUCCCGCUGAUAAAGAUGACCCAUGGAAUUGUAUGGAAACCAUACCGUUCGCCACGGACCCUUGCCCACCCAAUGAAGACGACCCAGAUCCAUGGAGUUGUAUGGAACAUAUCGACUUAGAUGCAGCACCGAGUCGUACUCAUUGCGACCCCGGGGCUGCGACGUCGGCGUGCACCCACUGGAUUCACUGGAUUGACCGCAGCAAACAUAUUCUGCGGGAGUGCACGACGCAGCCGUGGUUUUUGCAAUUGAAAUCAAACUGGAAACAACACCUGCGUGAGCACAUGGUGGCAAACGCAGCAUCCAGUGAGAACAGGACAGCCGCAUUCAUGGAAAGCAAGAAAUUGGAUGCAUGGAGAGCAUGGGUUGCAAAACAACAUGAGCUUAUGAAUACAUAUAGUGAGCAGGAGUGGUUUCAACGUUUGUUGAAUAAUGUAGAGGCGGAGACAGUACCGGCAAAAGGCGAUGUACCUAUAGUGGAAAACGACUUAGAAGUGGAAAACGUAAAUGUAGCACAACAGAUGCUACGAGUGAGAGAUGUACCACGCUCGCAACUACUGCAUCAGCCACCUUACAUGACACAACCGUUAACCGCUCAAACAUGGAUACUGCUGCUCGCGUCGGUAAUCGAAGCAUGCGAGGUCGAGAGACGUAUGCAGGAUAGGGAGUUAUAUGUGGAUGCACUAUUGCAACAGUGUUCACAUUAG